AUGGUCGUUGACUUUACCUGCGACGACGGAUUGUUCGAGCGCCUCGCUCUUCCUGGAUGCUCGCUGGCGCACGGCUUCAUGGGCCGGCUAGACCAGGUAUUGUUUUUUGUCCUGUGGUAUGUGUUCUUGAUAAGCGGCCCCGAAGGAGAUAGGGUUGGUUGCUUCCUGGGCAGGGUCAGGUCAACCACCGCUGACAUGGGGUCCGAGCUGCACCUGGUCGACUGCGUUGAGCUGUCUCGCGCCUGGUUCGAGCGCAUGCGCGGGAAUGCGUUGGCGGCGUCGGGCUCGCUGAUUAACAGGGGCGCCAGGCUUCUGCCGCCCGCCACUCGCAUCUCAGGUUGGAACCACAGUUGCAGCACCACGGUCAAGCGAGUCGUGCUUCUUGCGCCGAAGUGGCCAGAGUGGAGCGCCAAGUUGAGGGACGUAUGCAGGUGUUUCAGGAGCGCCUCGUACCGCCAGCGCAUCUGGAGGUCCUUCGAG